UUUAAAGAAUUAACUUGGAAGUAUUUACUGAAAUAUACUUCACUGAGUGCUACAUAGCAGCCUGUCACACAUGGUUUACAGAUUUUACUGUUAGUUGCACCCAGAUAAAUGUGAGCGAGGUCCUCAGACUAAGAAUAAACAAGUGGGCAGUACUUGAAGGCCCUGGAGUGGCCCAGCAGUUAUGAAGACAAAUAUUUCCCCUCUGGAUCAGUAAGGCGGGGUAAGGUGUGUUUGGAGAGGAGACAGAGGGGCGCUUUGUCCCCUUCUCCGACAGGUCAGCUCUCCCAAUCUCUUCCCCCCUCGGUCCUCUCUCCCUCUCCCUCUGCCAGUCUUCCUCCCUAAAUCCCACCUUCCAGCUCCCUCGUCCCCCUGCGCCCUCCUGGAGCUCACACAAACCUUCUCGCUAAAGAGAUGCUAUCGCUUCUCUGCCGUUCCCUCCUGCUCAUCCUUGCUCAACAGUGCUUCAGCAGGGCUCAGAACAAUGAGCAGCUAGCUGCUAGAGAUGGGCGGGCUGCUGCUGAGAGGCGGCAGUUCUGCCAGUGGCCCUGCAAGUGUCCGCAAAGACCCUUUUGUGCCCCGGGAGUGAGCUCUGUCCUGGAUGGGUGUGGCUGCUGCAAGAGCUGUGCCAGGCAAAUCGGAGAGCCAUGCAACGAGAGGGACAUCUGUGACCCACACAAGGGAAUGUACUGUGACUUUUCAGCUGACAGGCCCAGGUUCGAGGUUGGAGUGUGUGCAUACAUGAUGGCAGUAGGCUGUGACCUGAAUGGGGCCCACUAUGAGAACGGAGAAGGUUUCCAGCCCAGCCCCCUCUAUAAGUGCACAUGUAUUGCUGGAGCCAUCGGCUGCACCCCUGUUUUUUUCCAGAAGCCUGCCGGCCUCUUAGGUCCCGCCCCGCUGAUGGGCAACAUGCCAGCUGGCCUUCGCAGCGGCCAGAGCCCAAAGAAGCAUCAGCAGGAUACUACCUACAUGACAGCUUACAGGGAUCCUCCUUUAGCCUGGAAAAGGAACUGUCUAAUCCAGACCACCCCCUGGAGCCCCUGUUCCAAAACCUGCGGCUUGGGCAUCUCUGUGCGUGUCAGCAACGACAACGGCAAAUGUGAGAUGAGGAAGGACCGACGCCUGUGUCUGCUGCGGCCAUGUGAGAAGAGUGUGAUGAAGACUGUUAAGGUGCCAAAGGGAAAGACAUGCCGGCCUAAAUUCCAGGCAAAGAAAGCAGAGAAGCUGACACUCUCAGGCUGUACCAGUACCAAGAAGUUUAAGCCCACAUACUGCGGUGUCUGUACAGACAAGCGCUGCUGUGUCCCCAACAAGUCCCGGAUGAUCAAGGUCAACUUCACGUGCAAGGGAGGCUCCAACACACAGUGGAAGAUGCAGUGGAUAACAUCCUGCGUGUGCCAGAAGAAGUGCAAUGAUCCAGGCGACAUGUUUUCUGACCUGCGGUUACUCUAACGGAUCCAUCAACGAAGUCCAGAGACACAGACGCAGGAUCAAGCCCUGCUGUGGCAGACUAAGGACUGAAACGUAUGCAUACUUCGGUCAUUAAGUUCUCCUCAGCGGUGGUGAUGUGCCUCAAGAAAUCUCAAAAAACACAAAAUGAAACUACAAAACCUCAUUUCAUAAGGAAGAAUGGCUGGGAUCAAUAAAUAAAUGAAGAAAUAUGUUGUAGUUACGAUAAAAGCUUCCUUGAACUCUGUCUUCAGGAAAUGUGUGUGCAAUAACAACAAGGAAUAUGGCCAGUGGAGCUGCUGCAACAGCAGAUGUGGACACAUCAACAGUACCUCAUAAUUCUACAGUCAGGGAGCCUUGAAAUGGCAAAUCAGGUCACACUACAGAUUGAGUUUAACUCUUUUUUCAUGUUGUUCCUGCUUAUUUUUCAGACAGAGAACAUUUUAAUCAGGUAAAAAAUUAGACAAUAUUGUAUAACUUAUAAAGGUAUAUACAGAAGA